AUGGAGCUAACGAAGAUAAUCUUCUUCAUAGCCAUAACAAUGGCUAUAACCAUCACUCUAAACGUCAGAAGCAUUGGCGAAUUCGAAGAGAAACCACUUCUUCCUCGCAGCAUCGAUGAAGCUUCAACCACAUUGUCAAAAGGGCCUGAAGAACUGAAGCUAAUAAUGCCUUCCAAAAGGCUAAGCCGCUUUCUUUCCGAAGAGAAAAACCCUCGAGCAGCUGACCACUGCCACAAGGACAACGAAAUAUGUAACGUUUUGGGAGAUAAAAACCAGACUUGCUGCAACAACAAGUGCAUAGACUUGUCCACAGAUGACAAUAACUGUGGUGCCUGCAAGAACAAGUGUCAUUUCUCAACAAGCUGUUGCAGAGGGCAGUGUGUAUACCUAUCUUACGACAAGAGACAUUGCGGGAGAUGCAACCACCGUUGCGAGAAAGGAGAAUAUUGCCUCUAUGGCAUGUGUCAAUAUGCAUGAUGAUUAAGAUAUGAUCGACGGUCCAUUUAGCUGAUCAUAUCUUAUG